UAACCUCAAAAGUAGGUCACAAGAUUUGUGUCACGCUUCCAGCAUGCACAGUGUACAGAGCUCUCGAUGUUGGUUGUUUGUGAGUUGAUGGCGUUGUUAUGUUGUUACUACUGCGUUUACUCGGGUAAAAUUGAAAGUUGUAAAUCUCGUAUGUAAUUUUUGAAUCUGGCCUAAACACUACUGACGAGUGAAAUUUGCCAUUCAAGACCCCCGUAAACCUGGACGUUACAUGUAUAACCUCGGAGUUCAGAUGAAACUGGGACAGAAACCCUCCCUGUGUUGCAGUGGACAUGUUGAGGGGCGGCUAUAAUAGCCUGUGGCUGUGCAGAUCAUCCUCAGAAUGGUGCACUGAUGGCAUCAGAAGAUAUUUACAAAGAUGUCUGAAAAAAGGCAAUUAUGAAGAGGAGAAAACUGAUUUGAAUUAUGCUGAAAAGAAACAUAAUUUCUCUUGUGUGUUUGAGAAGAAACUAGCUUGUGCUCAGAAAGGCAACUUUUUACCUCUGAAGUCCUCUGUAACUGUGAAACAUAAUGUUCCAAGGAGCUCAGAUAAAGUCUUUAUCAGAAUGGAUAGCCUUUAUUUAAAGUUAAGUGAGAAGCAUGGCUGUAGAUACAGUAUUGAGAAGGAAGAGCUAAGAGCAGCUGAAAGCAUAAAAGGGAUACUCAGACAUAACAAAGACAUUGAGACAUAUUCUAUAUCCCAAUGUAAAGUCAGUCUCAGUUUCGGCUUGUGGAGUUUACACCCUACCACCAUCAAUCUUCCAUUUUUGAGGGGCACAUCCAGAGUUUCCCUCUAUAGUCCAACAUGUGCACUACACUGUGGUAAUGUAUUGUAUUCUGGACACAACAAGUGGUCCAAACUGAAGCACACCAAGCCAGCGGCAGACCUGGCCAAGUCCAAGAAGAUUGUAGCCUACAUUACCAAACUAGAGGUAGCAUGUAAAGAGGGAGGCACUGACAUGAACAUCAACCCAGCUAUUGGCAGAGUUCUUGCUGAAGCCAGCACAGCACAAGUUCCAAAAGAGCCUCUGUUGAAAGCUCUUGACAGAAUUGCCAACAAGAAAUCCAAUGAGACAGUGCUGCUGGAGGUAGUGGGGCCUGGAGCCUGCUGUCUUGUUCUGGAAUGCUGGCUUCAAGAUAAUCUUCAGAACACAAAAAGUGUAAUCCAAAGGCAUCUUAAGAAAUUGGGAGGUCGCCAGUCUCCCAGUAAGUUUGCCUUCCACCGUAAAGGUUUGGUUCAGGUGCUGAGACCAGUGCAUGAUGAUUUCACCCUGGACGCAGCAGAGGAGAUCGCCAUUGAAGUAGAGGCGGAGGAAGUCUCUGAAGACAGUGAUGAACUGGGGCAAGACAUCCUGGAGUUUAUCUGUGACCCUGACUCUCUGAGUGAAGUGGGCGCCAGUCUGCGGAAUCAGCAGUACCAAGUGCUCUCUGAGAGCAUCGCCUUCAUACCUCACACCUACAGGACACUUUCUGGACUGGAGCUUGAGGCAGCCACAAAACUUGUGGAGAAAUUGCUCUCUCUAGAUUUUGUCAUCAAUGUUUUUGAUAACAUUGAGGAUGCUGAUGCAUGAUAGGACAAGUGAUAUAUUCAUUAUUUAUCAUCAUUUAUAAUAAUUAUUACACCUGAAUCAUUUUAAAGUGGAGUAAACUCCAGUUUAUUGAGGAA